CUGAAAUUAUAUUAGUGAAAUAAACUAAACUAAUUCAUCGUCAUCACAUUUUCUAUUAUGCAUUGUAUAGUCUUUCCAAGUUCAUUUUCUUAAUAAGAGCAGCUUACAAAGGACUAUUCUACAAUUCUCGUGCUUUCGAAAAUAUUCUUGCACUUAUCAAUUAAACUUGAAUGGUAAUGAGGGAAAAUAACAAGUAAAACCUUCUUCACCAAUUUAAAUUAUACGUAAAACUAAAAAAAUGUUGAAAUCACAAAAAAUAGAACUAUGAAGAAAUUUGGUAACACCUGAUACUUCAGUAUAACUAUGAGCAAAUAUUUGGGGGGGGGGAACUAAAAAAAAAUUUCGCGCCUAAUCGAUAAUAUUCCAAAAAUUUCAAUUAUUUCGGUCAAAAAGUAGACUCCCCUCUCUUGUCUCGUCUACUGUGCUCUGUCUCACUUUAGUCAAUUAUUUCAAUUGUUUGGUCAAAAAGUAGUCUCUCUCUCUCUCUCUCCCUCUCCUCUGAGACAAAUCCUCUCCUCUCUCUCUCUCUUUACUCUCUUCUCAUCUCGUUGAUAUCUACCUCCCUCCCUCCCUCAUCUUAUCUAUUUCAAAAUUCCCUCUACUGACGAUGACUCACCCAUACCAAGAGAUGAAGGACAUGAAGAAACACAAGAAACACUACGACAUGUUAGGCUACAUUUGCGAUGCCCAGUAUGGAAUUCCUACCCGUUGCCCAUGUGGUGGUGAAAUCAAGACAGAUGUUUCUCCAAAUCCUAAGUAUCGCCACGAUUUCGAUACCUUGCCUGGGAGUAGGUACUUCACCUGCAAGAAUUAUGAGGACGAUGGGAUGCACUUUCGUCAGCCAUGGGCUUUUGGUGUUGAGGAUGAAGUGAGGCGCCUAAGGAUGGAGGUGAAUGAUAUGGCUGAAGAUAUUGCUAAGCUUAAGAGGAUUAUUACCUCUACCUCUCGUCCAUGAGAUUCUCAAAUCUCAAGUUCUUACUAUGGAUGUGCUAAAAAUAAGAACUUUGCUUUGUAUUCCCUAUCUAUUUCCAGUUUCGGUUACAAGUCUUUUUUUUGUUCUGUUAAGACUUGUAUAAGUACUACUAGGUUUGUUCUGUUAAGUCUUUGAAUCUUAUCUAAUGUUAGACUUAUUAUGUUGGCUUAGUGGAUUUCAUUUCAAA